AUGACGAUUCGCUUUGCAUUCAUUUUUUUUCUAAUUCUGUUCUAUCUAUCUAUCUCAACCUGUUAUCUAUCUAUCUAUUUAUCUAUCUAUCUAUCUAUCUAUCUAUCUCAAGCUGUUAUCUAUCUAUCUAUCUAUCUAUCUCAAGCUGUUAUCUAUCUAUCUAUCUAUCUAUCUAUCUAUCUAUCUCAUCCUGUUAUCUAUCUAUGUAUCUUUCUAUCUCAAACUGUUAUCUAUCUAUCUAUCUCAACCUGUUAUCUAUCUAUCUAUCUAUAUAUAUAUAUAUAUAUAUGUCAACCUGUUAUUUAUCUAUCUAUCUAUCUAUGUCAAUUUGUUAUCUAUCUAUCUAUCUAUCUAUGUCAACCUGUUAUUUAUCUAUCUAUCUAUGUCAACCUGUUAUCUAUCUAUCUAUCUAUCUAUUCAUGUCAACCUGUUAUCUAUCUAUCUAUCUAUCUAUCUAUGUCAACCUGUUAUCUAUCUAUCUAUCUAUCAACUUGUUAUCUAUCUAUCUACCUAUCUCAACCUGUUAUCUAUCUAUCUAUCUAUCUAUCUAUGUCAACCUGUUAUCUAUCUAUCUAUCUAUCUAUCUAUCUAUCUAUCUCAACCUGUUAUCUAUCUAUCUAUCUAUCUAUCUCAACCUGUUAUCUAUCUAUCUACCAAUCUAUCUCAACCUGUUAUCUAUCUAUCUAUCUAUCUAUCUAUGUUAACAAACCCCCAUUCAAUUUCCUUCAUUAUCUAUCUAUCUAUCUACCUAUCGAUCGAUCUCAGUUCCUUUAUUAUCUAUCUAUCUAUCCAAAUAUUUCCUUUAUUAUCUAUCUAUCUAUCUAUCCAAAUAUGUUUAUUAUCUAUCUCAGUUCCUUUAUUAUCUAUCUAUCUAUCUAUGUGUCUAUCUAUCUAUCCAAAUAUGUUUAUUAUCUAUUGAUCGAUCGAUCUCAGUUCCUUUAUUAUCUAUCUAUCCAAAUAUGUUUAUUAUCUAUCUAUCUAGAUCUCAGUUCCUUUAUUAUCUAUCUAUCUAUCUAUCUAUCCAAAUAUGUUUUUUAUCUAUCUAUCUAUCUAUCUAUCUAUCUAUCUAUCCAAAUAUGUUUAUUAUCUAUCUAUCUAUCUAUCUCAAUAUCUUUUAUUAACUACUUAUCUAUAUAUCUAUCUAUAUAUCUAUCUAUAUGUCUAUCCAAGACACUGCACCAGAACCUCGAAGAUGUCAAAAUAGGAAUUAUGCCAAAACCCCAUAAUUCACUGUUCUAA